AUGAAUGAUAUUAAAAUUGAAAAUGAAGAUAAAACAGAUUUAGAAGUAAUUACCAAUGCCUUCAAAAAAAUAGAUUUAAAAAAAGAUGAUAUUGACAAAAAUGUUAUUUCUGAUAUACCUACUGUUAAAGCUGAUGUAAAAAUAAAGGAAGCAUUAAAUUGCACACCAAAACCCAUAGAACCUAUCAUGAAUAACAAAGAAAAUAAAGAAAUUAUUUGUAAGCUUGAGCAACAUAAGACCAAAUAUUCAAAUGAAGAAGCCAAUAAAACCCCAACCAAAUUAAGCCCAACCAACCUGCAAUUUAAAACACCAGAGAACAAGACUCCCUCUUUUUAUAAAACCCCAAAUAGUAUUCUAAAUUUCGAGUGUAGCAAUAAAAAAAGUAAUAUUUAUAAUCAAAAAGCAACACCAAGUAAUUUCUCAAAUAAAAAAGACUCACCAAAUAUAAAGAAAACUUGUAAAAUAAAAAUCAAAUUUAAUGAAAAGCUGUAUGAUGAGAUCCAACUAUAUAAAACUUUAAUACUCAUAGUAUAUGGAAAAUACAUGCCAGUGGUAAAUGAAGACAAUGUUAAACUGUCACCAAAAACCAAUAACAAUCAAGUACCUAAAGAAUGGUUUUAUCCAAAUGAUGAUAACUCCAAAAAUUUACCAUUUGAUUCUCAUUUUUGCAUUAUCCUUGUAAACCCUGUAAGCAAUAUUAACUUAAUAAGCUCGGCCAAGGGCGAUAAAGAGUGUCCAUCAUUUAGAAAUUUAACCUCUCUACUAAGAGAAUUUGAUAAAAAAGAAAAUUAUAAUUAUGGCUCCCCAAUGUUACAAGAUUAUAAAUAUUUUAUUACUGAUGCCCAUCCAUUUGCAAGUAAAGAAAUUCCUGACUAUCAAAAUAAUAAAAAAGAAAUCCAUCAACAAAUUGAAAGAAUAUUAUUUUCAACCCCAAAAGUAAUAGUUUUAGGCGGAGCUGAUGUGUAUUACUUCUUUACAGAAUAUUUAGGUGAAAAAGGAAUAAAGUAUGAAAAAAUAGGGUUUGGUUUACCAUCAUCUUUUAUAAUUAUAAAUUCUAAAACGCUUGUUUUAACCUUUCAUCAUCCUUCAAUGUGGAAUGAUUUAAAUUAUUAUAAUCAUGCAAAAGCUGUAAUUGUUUUAGCUCUAAUCUGCUCUUUGUUAAAUAAAAACAAUUAUAAAAAGGCCUAUGAUGAAAUUUCUAGAAUUUUAAAUUUAUAUUUUAAUUAUCAAGAAAUAGAAAAAAAGGAAACACUUCCUUACAAAGAUCAAUCUACACCUUCAAUUAAUUUAUUUAAAAAGUUUAAUGAAACAAACACCAAACCCCCUUUUAUUGGUCCACGAAAUAACAAGAAAAUUCACUAUAAAGAACCUUCUGGAAGCUGUUUGAAAAAUAGCGACUGGGUAGAUAAAUAUUAUGGGGUUCCAUGUGGACAUUGUAUGAAAAUAAAACCAUUUAUGGAUCAAUUAUAUGAUCUCAAAAUUUUAUAA